AUGACUACCUACGAAGCAGUGCCCAAUACAGAUGGCCAAAUUCUUAUACCCGUCAGGAAGAAGCAACCAGUUCUCCCUCAACCUAAUAUUCCUCGCACUGCCCCCCCAUCACAACGACCGCAGGGCAAGAAAAUACCUACUGGAAGAUUUGGAGCUCGAUCGCGACCACAAUCACUGCCGUUUCAAAGGCCUGUUUACAGAUCCAAGAUUCGGACACUGGGAGCUUUGCGACCAGAACAAAGGCAUUUCUCAAAAUAUAAUUCAAGUAAAAGACUCGAAGCCCGAAACUCAGUCAACAGAAGAGUUGGAGCUUGUAAUUCCUCUACUCGCCAUCUGCAGGAUUCGAACACCGGUACCUUGGGCUCUCGUGCCUCGAAUCAGAGUAUUAUAUUAAACAGUUCAAGCUUUGUGAGACCGGAGGAGGACCCGUUGAUAAAAGCAAAGGACCAUAAACAUGCCAAUAUAAUGAGCCUUUCAUAUAUCAUGGAGCAGCGACCCAGUGAGCAAAAGUUCCAGUCCGCUUCCGAAGGAUUAGAGGAGAAACUUAUCGACUUGACUGCGCCUUCCCAGAGCAAAGAAGAAUACGAAUCUGAAGACGAAGACCAGGAAGAAAUGUCACCCAUGAUCAAGAAUAAUUCAUACAGUCGCGGCAUCCCUAACAUUUCAAAUUCUCGUCAUCAUAUUCUCAAUGAAACCAACGUUGUCUCUCUACAAAAUUCUUUGCUCAAUACGCCCGUGAAAAUUGAGGAAAUUGAACAAGCUGCCAGAAGUUUUGAAUUCGGUGGUGACACAGGAAGAUCAGGUACAACACAAUUCAGGGCUGGACGCAGAUUACCACCAAUCGAAGAAGGAGGCGCAGGGUAUUCUCAGUAUCAUCCAAACUACAUGGUUUCGUCACCAUUAACUUUGCCUCGGCCUAUUCUAAGGACCACAGCAUCACCCCAUCUCAGUGCAUUGGAAAAUACGGCUAUAACUACACUUGCCAGUCUCAAUCGGGUUUUCGACUCGAAAAAGUUAUAUCCUAGCGCCACUACUUCAGCCCCAUAUCCAGAUUCAUCAGUGCCAACCAUCGAAAGUGAUCGAACUCACAGUCCCAGUCUGAAACGUUUAUCAUCUCAUAUCUCCACCCAUAUCCCCACAGAAAUUCACCAGUCUACGUUACCUACUUCGCCAGAGAUGACCAAGCUCAGUCCGUCGAAGAAGAGAAUACGCAUAAGCUCUAUUCUGAAUCCGACAUCUGCUCCUUCGGCUUCCACUUUACCAACUCUCCAGAAUCAAUCCACAGGCUCACUUAGUAGCGACACCCCACUUACUCACGAGUUAAGUAAGCUCGCUAGCAAUUUCGAGAAUGAUAAUUUGAUGCCAUCUCUGCCUUCUGACGCCUAUCCAUCCCCUCCCAAAUCAGCAUCAUUGUCGUUCUCAGUUCCCCACACGACUAGCCUACGUCCUCUCUUUCCCCGAGAUACAAGCAUCUCUCCCUCAAAGCGAUCCACAGAUCCACAGUCUCACCUUGAUUCAUCCAGCAGUCGUGCUUACAGAUCUCCUGCACCCUCACCGCCAUCGCCACCUCAACUUGGAGUUCAUACUCCAGCUCUUACUAGGACAGCUCCGAUAUCUCUAGUUCCAAUGGGUACUGACAUCAGGCAGCCAACCCAACUUCCAGAAUCUCAACUCCUUUUUUUUGGUCAUCAAGCCUACUCACCUGUACCUGCACGAACCUCACCUAUCACUCACUCAUCCACAUCUCCACCCCUAUCUAAUCACCACGAUUCAAAUUUACUCCCACGCAAAAACUUCGCCUACAGAGCAUGGAAAAUGCGUCCUUCGAGCUCCAUACUUACCGGUCUCUCUGAUUCAACCCCCCUCCCACAAUACUUAGUCGUGAUCCGCAAUGACGAUCGUUCAAUGACCAUUCCAAGUUCGGGUGCCUUGGAUAUAAAUGGCAAUACGGGUGGUAAAUGGUGGAGCGUACUUGCAGGAAAAGAGGAUUUGAACGAGAUUAGAAAGAUUUUUGAAUAA